AUGAAUGUAAGAAAACCAAACAUUUUGCGAGUUUUUCGAAAGUUUUAAAUUUAGGACGAUAACAACCUGGGCGUGGCGGUCGGAAAAGGCGCUCAGAUCAUCGUGGGCAACAUCAACAACCCGAUCACACUGCUCUGCGAACAAAUUGGAAUCAAUUAUCGCAAUUCGCACUUUUUCUGCCCGUUGAUCGACGAGCGGGGCCGGUGCCUGACGCAAGAGCAGAAAGAGCUCGACGAUCAGGUUGAUUUGCACUAUAACAACGUGCUCGACGCGAUUCGCAACAAAUAUCAGAGCGAUCGCAACUUUCCUGACGUUUCUCUUGAAGGUAAUCGUCCUGGAAAAACAAUUUGUUUGUAAAUCGCGCAUUUGCCUAAUUUUCAACUCGAAUUCAGCGAAAAAUGUGUAAAAUUUGCAGAAAUGUUCAAAAAAAUGAGCUCGGGCCUGCUGUCGGCGACGCAACUCGACCGGCUGUACACUCGCCAGUUCCAGCGCCUCCUGGACUUCCACCUCGGCAACCUCGAGUUCUCGUGCGGCACACACGUGGCGUCGCUCUCCGCCAAAGAGUACGACCACAACGAGAAGUUUGGCAACUUUGCCGGCGAGCACGCGGUCAUCACGGACGGCGCGCAGACUGUUGUCGAUUUCCUGGCGCGUGACUUGGACAUACGCCUCAACUCGCCCGUCGCCCGUAUCGAUUGGACGGAUCGAAAAGUGCGGCUGGAGUUUGAAAACGGCGAACAAGUGGAAGAAUUCGAUAAAGUCGUCGUGACGUGCUCACUUUCGGUACUCAAACGCAAUCCGCAAUUGUUUCGACCGGAAUUGCCCGCCGAAAAACGGAAUGCGAUCGACGCGCUCGGCGCCGGACUCAUCGAAAAGAUCGCCGUCAAAUUCGACCGCCGCUUCUGGGCGUUUCUCGACGUCGACGACAAACAGACCGAGUACUUUGGCAAGGUGCCCGACGCGAGCCGCGAUCGCAGUCUCUUCAACAUUUUUUACGACUUUUCUGGAAAGGUUUGUCUAGCUGGAAAAUAUGCGAAAAAAAUCCGGGUUUGCAGACGGCCGACGGCGAAGACACGUUCGUGCUGAUGUCGUACGUGACGGCGGAGCACGUGAACCUCGUCAACGAGCUCUCCGACGAACAAGUGGCCGAGCAGUUUGUGGGCACUCUCCGUCGAAUGUUCCCAGACGAGACGAUCCGUCCGCUCGGUCAGAUGGUCUCGCAUUGGGGCCGCGACCCGCAUAUUGGCAUGUCGUACACGUUCGUGCCGUUCGGCAGCGCCGGCGACGCCACGUACAACAAGCUGAAGGAGACGGUCGACGAGAAGGUGUACUUUGCGGGCGAGCACACGAUUGCCGCCGAGCCGCAGACGAUGGCCGGAGCCUACCUUUCCGGGCUCCGCGAGGCUGGAAAAAUUGUGCUUUCACUCAAACGAAACAUUCCCGAACUCAAGGAUAACUUUUAA